AUGCCUGGAACUUCGAAUGUCGUUGUCGUAGCCGGUGGUAAUGAACAAGGCGAUCGAAGUGAUCAGCUAAAUGCUGUGUCAAGUGUUGUUGUCGAUAAGAAUGGGACGAUGUUUAUAUGUGAUUAUCAGAACCGACGAGUGCAGCAAUGGUUUAAGGAUGAUAAUCAAGGGCAAACAAUCAUUUCGGAUAUUAAUUGUUUUGGACUGGCAAUGGACAACGAAGGAUCCUUGUACAUUUCUGACUUAGACAGAUAUAGAGUAAUAAAAUGGCCCAGUGGUCAGACAGUCGCUGGUAAAAAUGGUCAAGGAACUGCUUUAAAUCAACUUGAGAGCCCAUGGCAUAUUUUCGUCGAUCAGAAUCAAACAGUUUUUGUAGCCGAUAUUUUAAGUGGUCGUGUAGUGAAAUGGCCACUCGGUGCUAAAGAAGGCACUCUUGUGGCUGGUGGAUCAGAAGAUCCGAUGGAUCAGGUCCAGUCACCUAGUUCAGUGUUCGUUGACAAAAUGGGUACAGUUUAUAUUCUUGAGUAUGGAGAUCGUGGAGUCAUACGUUGGUUCAAAGGUAUAGGAAAUGGAAGUAUCAUCAUCGGUGGGUUGGUUGAUGGCAUGGAAGUAGCUCACUAUGAUUUAGCACUCGAUCGCCACGGAAAUUUGUACGUUGCCGACGGUGGCGGUGAUCGUAUUCAAAUGUUCGCGAUUGAUAAAAGUUCCUGUUCGACAUGUGGGUUUUAUAAAUAA